CAGGCUUGAGCCACAGACGUGAUUUGAGCUGCGCUCAUCAGUGGCUGGCAAUUCAAAGUCUCGCAGCGUGCGAUACGUUCACUCAGAGGGUCCGGAGACUCAUCACAACCAUGCACUUGGAGCUCACAGGCCUGACGGCAGCCAUGCGAGCAAAGGCCAGGACAAUGGGCACCACCCUGUCCACCCUGGCCAGCCUGGCCAUCCUGGGCUUGCCAGUCAUCCUGGACAUCCUGGCCAUCCUGGCCAUCUUGCCCAUGCCGGCCAUGCCUGCCAUGCCUGCCAUACCAGCCAUCCUGGGCAUCCUGGACAUGCCUGCCAUCCUGGCCAUCCUUGCCAUGCUGGGCAUCCUGGCCAUCCUGGCCAUCCUGGGCAUGCUGGACAUGCUGGGCAUGCUGGGCAUCAGUUCGCUCAGGGCUACCACAGCCAGAGUCAUGCAGUCCCUUGGCAUGGAGAAGGACAUGCAAUGUCUUCCAGCGAGAUCGUUCAUGCGCGUGGUCCGCCUUCCAAUCAUUUGAGAUGAUCGGGUCAGCUUGGCCGUUCCUGCACGUCACAAAGAAAUGACAGUCGGGACACGCAGAGUUUCACCUAUAUUGUCGGAGGAGUCAGGUGAGUCAGGUGUGCACGGAAGGUGCGAAAUCACUUUGAGCCUGGCAUGCUAUAGAAUAUUGAAUGUUUGCAGCUCCUCUCGCCAACUUGCUGACCUGUGAUGCAUUCCGUGGCUUCCAUCGCAUGC